CUUUGUUGGUAGGAUCCAGAUUUCCUGUUAUGGGUAAUGACUAGUGUUAAUCUCCCCUCUCUGAUAUAAAUAGAACCUGGGACGGUGCAUAAUGCAUCAUUAUGCCUGCUUUUAAUUUUGCGCGAGUAUAAAUAAUGUUCAAUCUAACAGCGCUGUUUGAAAUUAACUAUUGUAAAAACAGUUAAUCUCAACAGACAACACCUGAGUCAAGAAAUGAGUUAUAAAGGGUCCAGUUUAUACUGCACCGGCAGCAUCUCACCUGUGUCUUCCUCUAAUUCAUAGAUGCUCUCUGUUUUUCCUGCACCUGUUGUUAGGAGGCCGCAGAGAAGCCUGCGUAAAAUACAUGUGACAUAAUGUUACUGUCCUCAAAGGUAAAUCUACUCUAGCUUCUACUUUAACCUCUCUGUGCUAAAUAAAGAGGGACAGAAUUGUCCCUAAUCUGACUUUAUUUGCAAAUUCAUUCGUUCAUUGUCUACCGCUUUAUCCUCCACAUGAGGGUCAUGGUUAAUCUGACUUUAGAAGACAGAAAAUCUCUGGGAACAAACUGUGCACUUUAAAGUGCGAUCGCAACCCGAAUCUGGUGCUUUAAAUCGUAUAAUGUCCUGUUUUUAUGGUUUAAUGUCAAAAUAGUGGCUCACAUGUUUUAUUUGUUUUAUCAUGCACUUAGGAAAAAUGGCUACACCUGGCUUUCCUUUCUAUGCAACACGUAUUGUUGUUUCAAUACGAUUGAUAUUGCUAUAUGGUGCAUUUGUUGUGAUAGUUAAAUCAUUUGCCACUGUGAUUUAAAUAUGCCCCAGAAAUUAAAACAUCUAGAUGAAACAAAUCUUCUUCACCAUUGUUUAGUUCUCACUCAGGGAUCACAGAAUUCAGGUGGGUUUGCUUUAAAUUUCCUUCAAAGCUGCCUCUAAUUACAGUGAUGGCUUUGUGUGUAGUUUCAUACCUGUGUGAUAACAUGAUUUACACAGCUGUCACAUUGCAAAGUUCUACAUUUUCCGAUCAAUAGAGCAGUCUGACCUGGCAGAUAAUUUGGUGAAGUUGUGAAAUAUUACCCGGUUUUGUGUUCCAGUAGUGCGUGUGUUGUGUUGGGGUAACCCACUCGUGUGCUGUUGUCUAUUUUGUUUGUUGCUGUUAUUUCAUGACCUGUCGUUUGGAGACAUCACCCAAAAGACAACAACAACUUUUCAACUAAAAAAACAUGUGCUUUGAUGAGUGGAAGCUUUGUCUCCCUCUGCUGGAGCAUUAGUCGAAAUACAAAGGACAGCAACGGCUAUGAUGGAGGUGUUGAGAUCACAGUCACACUUAUUUGUCACUGUCAGUAUUAAAGCACUUAACAGAAGGUGAAGGUUAAACCUCUGCAAAGGAAAUUUCCCCGUUGUUUUGCUGUGUGCUUGCUCCAAAUCUCCACAGCGUGUCAUCCCCAGCACCUGUCUCUGGCACCUGUCACAAGUCUGCAAUCACAGGUUACAGGUGUGAGCUGGUAGUGAACGCGUGGCGCAGCAGCCAGUCUUGGCAUCAUGGUGAAGGUCCAGAAGUCGUCUGGGAGGAAGAGCUCUCACUGUCGCCGCAGACAGAGUGGUGGUCAGGCAGAGAUGGAGGAUGACCAGUUCCACUCAGAGACUCAGCAUGCAACACAAGAGCAGCCCCAAGGAGGAGACCAGUCCUCAGACCAAGCCCAACUCCGGACAACUGCUCAGUCCGAGAACGGGGACCAGACGGAAAUGCCGAUGGACUUUCAAGACUCUGCAGCCCAGGCCAAGCGUCUGUGGAAACCCAUUCCCCCUCUGCUACCUGAGCCCGAUCACCAUGGGGGCACCACCACUGAGACCAGAGACCAGAGCUGCCAGACUGAGGAGCAGCUUCAGCAGACCAGUGCCAGCAACUAUAGUCAUAACACAGGUGUCUGUACUGAGCCAGGAGAUCCUCCACUGCUCCAGCAGCCUCUGCACACCUCAAAGUCUGGGAUUCAGCAGAUAAUCGAAUGCUUCCGCUCAGGCACCAGUCAGCUGAGGCACAUGCUGCUGAAAGAGGUGGACACCAUUUUUGAGUGCAGAAUGUGCCGCAGUCUGUUCCGCGGCCUGCCCAACCUCAUCACGCACAAAGAGUACUACUGCCUGUCGCGGCUGCCCGAUCCAGACGGUUCUUCUGGGGAGGACAGGCAGAGUGCAGCCAUGAAGGAUUUACUGGACGCCAUAUAUCCCAGAGCCGAGCGACCGGACUUUGUCGUCCGAUUGGAGCCUAUUCAGACCACUACCAAGGCCGUGUUCCAGUACCUUAGCACAGAGGAUGAGCUAACAAGAUAUCCAUCACGCACAGCCAGUGCCAGACAGAGUCCAGUAGCAUGGGAAGGAGAGGCAGUGGAGAGCGGGGACCAGGCGAACCAGCGAGGUGCAACAGAGAGCCACGGCAGCCCUGCACAAAACCAGGGACAAAGGAGAUGGGAGGGCGAGGAGGAAACUAAAGACGAGCCGCCACAGCCAGAAGAUGAGGGCUCCACGAGCGGGGUCGACGACGUGACAAUCUCGUGCUGUCUGUGUGGUCAGGACUUCAACUCGCGUCGCAGCAUCAGGCGUCACUGUCGCAAGAUGCACCAGACCAAACUCGAGGAGCUCCGGAAGUUCACCGAGACACGCACAGUACCCACAAGCCUGCUCUCUAUGGUCAAAGGUCGGCCGAGGACUCUCAGCACACCGACCGGAAAAUCCUGCCCAGUGUGCCUCAAAUCCUUUGCUACCAAAGCCAACGUGCGGCGUCACUUUGACGAGGUGCACCGCGGUCUGCGGAGGGACACCAACUCGCCCGGCGUGGCCCCGCGGCCGGGCCAGCCCCUGCCCGUGGAGGCCACGCCACCCAAGAAGAGCAGCAGUUCCUCGCCUACACGUGGCCAAAAUUCCAAGUCCGCCACUUUGAACUCUAAACCGGCAUCUUCAAACCAAAACCAAGCCAAACCUCAGAGUCAGCCGCCUGCCACUCCACAGGCAAACCCGGUCUCGUGUCGCUGCACGCUCUGCAAGAGGAAUUACAGCUCCCAGCUCAUGUUGAAGAGACACAUGCGUAUUGUCCACAAAGUAUACAGUGUAAAAAGUAACAGAUCUGCUGCCACACAACCCCCUGCUGCUCCAGCGGCUCCAGCGGCUCCAGCACCUCCAGCACCUCCAGCAGCUCCAGCGGCUCCAGUAGCUCCGUCUGUCAGCAGCAGCAGCACCAACGUAGGCCCAAGCAACAGCAUCCGAGUGAAGGAGGAGGCAGUAGAGCCUUCAGAUGACGAUGACGAGGAGGAGGAUAGUGACAGCAGCUCUGCCCCGUCUCCGAGUGACAGCACUGGGACGACUAAAGGUAUUUCUGUGGCUCAAAACUCCUUGAAGGUGAAGGAAGAGGAAGCACCGCAGAGCCCAAAGACCAUGUCGUCCUCCUCGUCGUCCUCCUCACGCGGGGGAGGUGUGUGCAGCGGAGCCGUCACCACCAAAAUCCCCAAGCUCUCGGUGGGCUUUGACUUCAAGCAGCUGUUCUGUAAGCUGUGUAAGCGACAGUUCAGCUCACGGCAGAACUUGACAAAGCACAUUGAGCUGCACACAGACGGCAACGACAUCUUCAUCAAGUUCUACCGCUGCCCGCUCUGUCGCUACGAGUCGCGGCGCAAGCGCGACGUCCUGCGUCACGUGACCGUCGUCCACAAGAAGUCGUCCACGUACCUCGCCAAGAUCAUGCCCAAACUGGAGAGCCGGGCGGUGAAGAGGCUCGCCGAGGCGGUGCUCAACAGCUCGAGUCCCAACAAGAGGACAAGCGCCAGCGUGAAGGAGGAAGUCAACGGACGUCCCACCUCUUCAUCGUCCCCCUGUCCUUCUCCACCCGUCACACGCAAACAAGAAGGCUCCGCCGCGGCCCCGACUUCCUCUUCGGCGACCCCCUCCUCUUCGUCCUCCGCACCCCCUACCGCCCCAGCCACCCGAAAACAGCAAGACGUCCCACCGCUGCCGCUUACGCCGUCCCCUCCCGUCACCCGCAAGCAGGAGAGACAGCAGAGCCACCAGCAUCGCCCCACCAGCCCGCCGCUGACCCGGCGCAGUGAAAAACACACGCACCUACGCAACUCCUCCUCCUCCACAUCCACCUCCACCUCCACCUCAUCGCCCAGCAACCAAGCGCCGCACACGCGGCGACACGACGCACAGUCGGAGAGCAGCAACACGGGGACGACCUCCACCGAGGUCAGGGUGACCAAGAAUUUCUCCCUCCAUGCGUGUGACCAGUGUGGACGAGCUUUUGCAAAGAAGCUCUAUCUGGAGUCUCACAAGAGAAGCCAUCGCAAUGCAACGACAGCAGCAGCCAACAAGAGGAAAGGAGUGAGCACCCGCUCCAAAUCUCUGAUCUGGUGAAAGAGUUCUGCUGGCGAUAACGGACGACCGAGCCCCCAACAAUGAAGGAAAGAUUCAAAACACUGAAAGAGAAAAAAAAACAAUGGAUGAAUGGAUGUAGCAGAGACCAGAGAUGGAGGAAACAAACAAGAGGAACAAUGAAGCAGGACAGGGCCGAAGUACGUGUGAAGGGUUUUCCUCCUAUUGUUUAAGAACCAAAUAUGUUGUCGGGAACGAUGUUUCUUUUGUGCAUUUUCACGGUGAAUCCACGGCGGCGCUGCUAUCCAUUUAGAGUUUGCUUGCAACUGUCGCACAUGUCCGUAUUUACUUUCGACAGUAUGUAAAUAUAGAUGCGUAUGCAGGCGACUAACGCGAACCGCUUUGCUCUCUGUAAAACCAUCUGUAGAAAAAGAUGAUGGUGUAGAAGUGUGUGAAAGAGUGAGUGAAUCAGAGCAGAAGCCACAUUCAGCUUCUGUUUGUAGAAUUUCAGACCAGUUAAUCUUAAUUUGUUAUGUCUAUUAAUUAAUUAAUGAAGGAAACAGAAUCCCUUUUGCUUAGAUGAUCAGAAAAUCGAUUACUCCACUUUCACGUCCUGCUUUCUCACAGUGAUCCCCCCCCCCCCCCCCCGUCAGUGUAGCUGCGUGCCUUAGAGUUUGAACGUCUACGUCAAAUGUUUCCUCACAGUUUCCGUCUGCAUUUAAAACAUUCAUUAUGCUAAGAGUCUUAUUUAAUGACCUGCUGUCUCGUCUUUAUUGCGCUCAUCAGCCUAGAUGGUUAAAUCGGGUCUGAUCAAAAUAAGGGAGAAUCCAAGGUGUUACACAUCUGUUUUUAAUUUUCCCAGUAUCCACUGGUGUUAUCUACUGUGUUUCAGUCAGCAGGGACGACGUCUCGGCACACGUCGUGAGGAGUAAUCCGUGGUCGAAAGCUUAUAUUUGCAGACGAGGUCAUCUUUGGUUUAUCAGCUAUGUCGCUUUUUGAAAUCAGAAACCAUUAUAACUGGAAAAUCACAAAUAUGAGAGCAUAAGGACCACAAAGUGUUAACUGUACUGUGUCUCCCAAUCGGAGUAAUAAUUUAAAAUGACCACUUGGACAUGGCUGUCUCCACUUAACGUAGCAGCAGCAGCAGCAGCAGCGGAUGCAACAAGUUUUGAUUUGACCGUGGCUUUUGGGGGGAAUCUGUUUAUUUACGGUGCUAAUAUUGAUCAUUAAGUGCCAACUGAUCAGAAACUAGAAAGCCGCCUGCCUAUGAACGCGUCACUUUUCCCCGUUCAAAAGUUUACAUUAAACUUUUUUUGUGUUUUGUUCCAUUCACAAUGACAUGUUGCAGGAGCCUUUUUCCCCUUUGUCUUUACCAAUAUAAUUUAUAAACAUCAGUUCCUCCUGAGGUAGUCUUGAAAAAACACUGGCACAUGAAGAGAAGCUGGACUGAACCCAGAGGCAGACCAAAUGUACAGUAGAUAUGUCUUAAAUGUUCAAACGAUCGGAAGCCAUGAAAUGGAACAAAAGCAGGAAAAAACGAGGAGCGGAGGAAAGACCAAACUUUAUUUUUAUAACUGAAAACGCUAGCGUGUCAGUCUUGAAAAACAUGUACAUAUGGAUUCAUCCUAAAACGGAUGGUAUAAAUGAUGAUAGUUCUAUUAGUCGCAGUAGUUACUGGCUUGUACUUAAGCGUUGGUUGACAUUAUGCUUUGAACAUGUCCGACUCGGUCACUGUUUAACACUGAGGCAAGUUUAGUUGUCGUUUUUUUUUUCUUUUGUAUCUCAUUCCUUUUGAAGGAGGACGCCUUGUUGAAACGUGACGAGAAGAGAACGCGAAUCGAACCUCAAGAAACUCUUUAGGAUUUUUGUGUUUUUGUCAAAUUUAACGUAGCCAUUUCCCUCCUCAUUAGUUGUAAUCUGUUAUUUAGCUUCACAUCCUAGAGAGAAACGCGAGAGGAACCUUUUGAGAUGUGACGAGAAUGUCGAACCCAACCACUUAAAUAAAAAUGUACUGCUUCAAACCUCA